GAAAAACAGUAGCACUUUAUGACACCAUCCAAUAUUUGUAGCUACUUCUGCAAUUUUCAAUCUGGAAUAAAAAAAAAUAAACAUGAAGGGAAAGGGAACACUGAUUAAACCGGGAAAGGAAGGGGAAACUGAUUAAACCGGCAGCUACUGAUUAUCCCAGAAAAUGAGUUCCUGGAAUGCUUCAUCAGUGGAAACUGGACUGGAUAAAGUGUGUGGCUUCCGAAGGGGGCUACUUAAGAAGGAAUACUAAAAUCAGUUUUUGCAUGGGAGACAGACAGAACAAAAAAUACAAGGACUUUGUAUUUCACCGAGAGUUCUCACUCAUAUUAAGGUUUGCCAAAAAUGUCUCUGCAGAUAGUGUUAAUGUGAGCACACUCAAGGGGGAAGGAGAACUUAACAAUUUGGAACUGAAUGAAACUGUUAUUACUGACCUUCUGGAAUUGCCUACCUGGCUCCGAAUUUCACGGGCUCAAGUUAACAAAGUCAAUCUGAAGAUACAAUGGACAAAACUGAAGAAUGUCCCUAUUUUAGUGACAUUGGAUGAGGUGCAGCUUGAAAUGGAAACGUGUCAGGAGCUUCGAUCCCAAACGAGUUCUAGUCCUUUGCCAUCAUACAGUUCUGGGGGAAAGUAUGGCUUUACUGAUAAGGUGAUUGAUGGCAUGACAGUGACUGUCAACUCUGUUCUCAUCACAUUUUCAAGUCAUGCAUUCCACGCUACUUUUCAGCUCUCUAGAAUAGUCUUAGAUUCCAAAAAUCCCAACUGGCAGAAGGCUGACCUGCGUAUGACACGUCUAAAGGAGCCUGAGAGGGGAGAGCUGCUGAUAUUCAAAGAGCUAACGUGGCAAACUCUUCGAGUGGAAGCACGGUCAACUAAGGACCACUCUUUGACCCCAUUGAGGUUAAUCACCAAUCAAGCUAGAUGUAGAAUUACCAUCAAAAAGAAAAUGCAUGAUUGCUCUGUUGUGGCUUGUCGUCUGGUCUUGCUGAUGGAUGACCUUCUCUGGGUUUUAACAGACUCUCAGCUCACUGCCGCAUUCCAUUUUAUCGAUUCCCUCUCUGAUCUGGUGCGCAAGGCUACGCAGCAAUCCCAGAAAACCAAAGCAAUUAGGAAAUUAGAGAGCAGUAUCCAAAGUACAAGAUUAAAUUCAGCAGCCCAGAUGUUUAGUAACUUUUUAGGUGGUAAUAAGUCCUUACCUGAGUUCCAAGCUCAGCAAUCCCAGCAUGCAAGAGGUGCAGGUAUGGCUGCUGGAGGGGGUGGAGGACAGCAGAGAGGUGGUGGUAGUGGAAGCCGUGCUAACCCUCCACAGUCUAAUAUCACUAAAGUUUUUAACAAGUAUGAUGUUCCUGAAACGUCUCACCACUUUUACUCGGAAAGAAUCGACCUUCACUUUUGUGAUGAUCCUGGACCUGGACGAUCAUCGCAUCCAGAAUUGUCAGCAGGAGCAGCCUUGCAAGUGACCAUCAGUCAACUGGAAUUAGAUUUUUAUCCAUACCAUUUGGCUUCUGGAGACAGAACACAUUGGGUCAAGUACACUGAUUGCACACUAUCUCAGUGGGCACAGACCACCUUAGCAGAAUUCAAAACCCGACUUAUAGAUUCUCUAAACUGUAGUCGGUCAUCUCACACACCCUUGGCUCGUGCACCUCCUCAUAUUUCUCAAGAAAGUCAACAGCAGAGCUCUACUGCUGGACGUAUGGUGCCAGGAGCUGGAGAUUCAAGCACUAUGCAAGGAGGGAGUCCUCACAAAGGCAUGGUGGCAAAUCAGCUUCGUAAACUGAUGUCAUCCUGUUGUGUUUUACGUAUCAAUGACUUCUGUGUGUAUCGUGUAUCUACCUCAAAACGGAAACAAGCGCCUAAAGAAUUUAUCUCAGCUGGGCAACCCAAGAAACACCGGAAGAAGUCAGGUGACAAGGAACGUUUCAACAUGCCUACGCAAACUUUAAGUCUUCACCUUGAGUUUACCACGUACUAUUAUCCAUUUGAAUCAGAAUUUCCGGUGCCCCCCCCAAAGCUUUAUAUGCAGCUCAACCCCCUACAAGUAACCCUAGAUACUUUGUCUAUUCUCUGGCUCAAUUCAUUUGUAAGGAGCCUCCAGCGUGCCAUUGUUACUGAAACACCAACCAAUUCUUACCUCGAUGUCCAUUUAGAAGCAAUUAUGCCCAGGAUGAUUGUGGAGGGAGUUGGUGAACAAAGUAAUCAACGUGACCGUCCUCGUGCCAUGCAUGUACAGACAUCUCGGCUCAUCCUUUCUAAUGUCCGAUCAUCUGAUCCUACCAUGCCUGGGUCUCUGGCAUCCUUAGCCACAUGCCUGGAAGCAGCUCAGCAAGGAGAGUUGUUUUUUGCAUCAGAUUUCCCAUCAUCUCCUGAAGACUUCCAACCCAUUUGUGAUAAAUUUGUUCAGCAUGCCACAGCUGCAGACAACGUGAGGAAUCCUCCCUUGAUUGAGGGCUCAGUGUACGAGGCCUUCUCUGGUAUGAAACGUGAUGCAUUAUGGACACAAGCAAGAGAUGUUCUCUUCGUUUAUUGUGACCCUUUGUGGGUUGAGUUUCUGGGUGUGCCAGCAGUGCGUAACAGACCAGUUCCUUUUGUUGAUGCUUUUCCCUUGUCUUUAUGGGUUUACAUUAAGCCAAAGUCUAGUCUUUCUGUUACCACAGAGAAACAAAACACAGAGUCAUGUAGUGAAAAAUCAAAUAGUAGACCCCAUAGAAACCUGUUAAGAAACUUUUAUAGUCAAGAUUCAUCCAUGAAACAGGAUAAUUACAGUCUAGAAAAUACAUUUAAUGCAAACAAGGAUGAGAGUGAAAAGGGAGGGGGAAGUUGCCGCUCUGAGGCAGCUUUGCAUGUACUUGCUCAUACACCAAGUCUAGUCAGUGUCCAGCUUAAUCAUUACCAGUACCUGUUUCUUAUGCGUCAAGUUGAUGUAAUAGCAGAGCUAACAUCCUAUCUCACUUAUGACACUAUCCAUAUCCUAACACAUCCAAACAUGGCAGGUGUCGCCUUAUCUCCAGAUAACCUUGGAGAUACCAUAGCAGUUGCAGCAGUCAUACCUCAAGUUGAUGUGUCUUUGGUGAUGCCUCCACCACAGCCAUGUAAAGACUCAAUGGCAGGAGACAUGGAGAGUUUCCUCCCUGAUUCAUCUUCCACAGCAGACCUCAAUGACCUGGGGUCACCCACCUGUGAUGUGCGGAACUCUACGUCGGACCACAGUUUGGUGAACAGAGCAAAUGAAGCUGAUGCUUGCUCUAUUACCAGCGAUAUCACCAAGUCCUUUAGUGUUGACCACUUACCAUCUCAGCCUUCACCUAACACCAACGCCAUUACCAACCAGACCAGCAUUACGACUGCCAAUGGUAAUAUAAAACAGCCCAUAGGCAACCAGCACACAUCAGCAACUUCAGGUAAGCAACAGUCACCCUCAUCCAUUGUAAAACACGAAGCUAGACAACUAUCAAGUAGCUUAACCAACCUGCCUCGUAGCAUAGCGUCCAGUCAUCCUCGAGACACUGACCCUUCGUACAUCAACGGCCCUAUGAUUCAGCUAGGACUCCAAGGCAACCUUAAUGCUGGCUUUCAUUCCAUGCGUAAAGGCCUCACUAGUAUAACUAAUUUAAUUGAAUCUGCUGUUGUUAAGACCAGCCCAGAAGACAUGAGUGAUACUGUUUCAGUUCGGAGUGACCUGAGUUCGGACAGUGACAACUUCAUCUUAAUCAACAUGGAUUCUGAGCGAACAGAUAGCGGCCUUGGUGGAAUGGAUGCACUAUUUCGUGUGGAUAAUAAGCCACCACCUACAUCUGUUGAAUUAGCAUCUGAAGUUUUUGAAGAGGCCACUCCAAGUGAUAUAUCGGAUAUCACAAGCUCAUUCAGAAGAAAAGACACUAUAUCAGUGGUGACUUUUAAAAUGAGCCGUAUGCAAGUAAUCCAAGAGUCUCGCGGCUAUGAGUCGGUAAUCAAAGUCCAGUGCUGCCAUUUAAUCUGCGAGGAGUGUAGCACCAUGGGUUAUGACGAAUUCCAGAAACGCCCAGGUUGCAAUGAUGGUCAUAAGACAAAAUUUAGUAGUCGUUGCCGUGGGUGGUCAGACUCUAUGGCAUCUACAGAACCUUGCUGUCUUAAGGUUCGUUUGGAGACGAAUUUGACUCCAAUGGCUUCUGAAUGUGAAAAACCAGUUGGAAUCUCAGGGGCUCCGUUGCCAGUUCUGUUAACUCCUUUCCUUAAAGGUCAAGUUGCAGAUUUAAGUAUGGCCAUGCUCAUGAGCACAGUGACUGGGCUUGUUGAUUUAGUGGAAGAUGAGAUUUUACCAAAACCCCUUCCCAUAAAGAUGGAAGUGGAACGUGUACGCUUAAGGUUGACUGAAGACAGAAUACCUGCCAAUAUCACAUCCCCAGGGUCGGUUCCAACUCAGUUAUGGAUUCCAAAAAUGGUUAUAGAAAGAGACAUGGAAGGUAUAUUUACCAUAUUACCACAGGUUGAAGAAUCAGAUGAGGUACUUAAGUUAAAAUCCGAAAGAGAUCGCUUAUCGGCAGAGUUAGAAGAGGCAAAGCGGGAAAUUGAGCGACUGAAGGGUGUGGGCAAGAAUUAUUCUACUUUGACACUUGAAGGUCAGGUAUCAUCUGGUGAUUCCUCAUCCAAGUCCUAGCUUACAUGUAUCUAGUGCUUCCAAUCACGUAAUAAAUCAUGAAUGAUAAGCACAGGGACUUGUACAGAGAUUUUUGCUGGUCAUAAAAGUCUCCAAUAUUAAUAUUGUAGACUGGUGACCGUGUAUGUGAUAAACCCACCUGAAUAAAGGGCCAGUUUUCUUAUGUAAGCAACAAGCAUUUAGAUUUAUAGAGACCACUACUUUCGUUGGGGGAAGGACAUGGAAGACAAAGUACCAUAUUUGUUUUUCAUUUAAAGUAAAUAACUUGAUGAUGAUGUGCAUCCGUCCAUAUAUUUGUAACUGUUCCUUUGUAUUUCAUGUUACAUAUCUAUAAUAACUUAAUGAUAUAAAUAUAUAUAUAAAUAUAUUUCCUGGCAACCAGUUAUAGUUAAUAGAUGCUAAUCAUCAUUAUUUUUGUAGCCAUUGAUUAAUAUAUUUUUUUGGGAUGUCAUCCGUCAGAUUUUAUGAUGAGCUUUGAUCUCAUUUGUCAUUUUUAGAAUUUGAAAAAUGAAACUUUGUGUUGGUAUCUAAGUUCGUGGUUUCUGCUGAACAACUCAAGAUUAUAGAUUGAUUUACACUUCCAUGUCCAUUUUAAAGUAAGCAAUAAUGAAGUUCGAUAUGAGAGAAAAUUCAGCGUAUUUAGUGACGAAGGACUGAUUAGCAACAGUCGUGAAUUAGCUAUCAGGAGAUGGACUGCCUAGUGUCAGUUUCAAAUUGAUCAAUGAGGGACUGAUGCAGUUUUACGAAUGAGAAACUGAUUCUGUUUGAGAGCCCCCAAGAGUUUGGCUUAUUUUGCCAUGUUUAUUUUUUGUUUGGAACAUAUGAUUUUGGAUGAUAUUUUGCAGUGUUUUUUAGGAUUAAUCAUUUAUUGUAGUUUUAUUUGCAAGCUAGUCGCAAACACAACUAAACACAGGAGUGUCUGAUUGUAUAUAUAUGAAAUUCUAUAUAUAUACAAAAUGCAGCAUUUACUUGUAAAGUAAAUUCUAGUAAGUAUUUGUUACAUAUAUAAAGUAAAGUGAUGAAAAUUGGAAGUCGAAUUGUUGGUUUUUUGUUGUUAUUGAUUUGCAUUUUUUGUAUAAUAUUGCUUUUGUUUUCAUAAAGAAUUUUUUAUAUCAUAUGUAAAUUAAUGCAAUUUAUGCCAUAAAUAGUCUUGAAAAUUUUUAAAGAAGGUACAGUAGUACUAAAUAUAACUGUAUCAUAAUUUUAGACAUGUAUAAGAAAAAAUCAGUUAAGGAAAGGGAACACAGCGUUAAUUUCAGAACAUAUGAAUUAAUUUUUUGUCCAAAACAUUUGGUUUGUUUUUGUAAGUCCCAGGAUUUUUUACCAUCCUUGAAGGUUUAGCUCAGCAUUGAAGCUUCCUGGCCUUUUAGGAAAUCUUUCCUGAACUACCUAAUAUUCAUAAUAUUAAUGCUACAUAACAUAUGCAGUAUUAAUAGUAAUAUAAUGGUGUUAAUAAUAUUAAUUAUUAAAACAGCCAAACACCUUAAGAUGGAACUUAAUGCAAUUAGAAAAGGACAGUGGCUGACUACCUCAACCAGUACCAAAGGAAUAUUCUUCUUUCAGGAUAUAGUGUACUCUUAUGGUCUUACUGAUUAAGCAGUUUUUCAGGCUCUUAUUGUUGGGUUUGUUUUUCUGCGAAGAUUAUCCCUCUUCUGUGGAAGUUCGUGAAAAACAAGAGUUAACAUUUCCAUUUUGGAGCAUUAAAAAAAUGGAAAAAUUGACAAUGAGAUUAAAUUAAACAGUCAUCUCAAAAACUGAGUCAUACUUCUAGUUCUAUAAAAAAGAAUUUUGUUUCUGAUUUUUUCAAGGAUUAACCCUUCCUCUUAAAGAUUUUGUUUGGGCUUCCGUGCCUAUAGUUUAUUCUUUAAAUCUCUCAAAACGUGUGUGUAAAUUUGUUUGGGUAAUUAGGGUGUAGUAAAUUUGAUAUUCCAGAUAUUAAAUAUUUUUUGCAAAGUUCUUAGUAGUCUUCUUUUUCUGCAAAACUGUAGUGUAUCUGCAACUAAGUUAAUUGACCAGAAAACCUUGGUCUUGUGCAUAGCUAAAUCAUCUUUGGUAGCUCAGGCAUUUCCUUUGACAUAGUAUUUCUUCAUGUGGUUGAUUACAACUGUAUCAGAGUCCUGAAUAUAUCUCACUUUCUGCUAUAUUCUGGAAAAUGUUUACUCUGAAUAUGAAAGUACCAGUACAUCAAAUUGCUACCAUUAGGGAAGAUGGGAGUGUCUGUUUUCUCCUCUAGGUUCUGUAUGUGUGGUAGCAGGUCAUCUCAGGAAUUGUGAGUAGAUUGAGUUGAAUAAGUUCAGAGGUGGUGAUUCAUCUUAAACGAAACCUUCCUUUUCUGUUUAAGUGGAUCAUAGCCAGUGUAUAAUGGGCUUGGUAGAGGUAUGCUCCCUUUCUCUUGUUACUGCUGUUAUUGUUGAUUAUGUAUUUUCAUUCUUUUUGAAGCGAGAAACAGAGACAAUCUAAGUAAAGUGUGCCAAGUGUACCUUCAAAUAGAGGAACUUAGCUUCUGGCUGUGUAGGUCAGGAUACGUAAAUCUUGGCACCGCUUAAAAGUUUGAGAACUGUCAAGUAAAUAGCAAGAGAAUACAGAGGUGGAGAUGACCCCUGUUGCCACAGACCAUUAAACAAAUACUCCCAACAAGUAUGCAAAGGCUGACUGAAAAAUUGGGAUGUAAAGUGCUCAGUGGACAAAAUAACAUUUAUGCGAGUUAAAAUUUCAUUAUUUAUUGCUCCUUUUACCUGAGGUUAUAUUAUUUACUGCAUAGUAUUGCAAUUUGCUUGAGUUUGAAAUUUUAUGAUCUUAGGAUUUUGAGGUACAUGGUAUGAUACUUUUGACUUUAAGCUGGAAAUUCACAUACAUUCAAAUAAUUCAUGCCUUGUCCUGAUUUGUCCAGUUUUUAAGUUUUUCCCUCAGUACGUAUAUACAUUUGCCAUGAGAGAGCCAGGAUUAGUUGCAGAUCCUUUUUCUAAUAUUUAAGUUUAAUUUAUUUUGAUUUUUAUUUCCAUUUGUUUCUAUCUUGUUGGUCUUAUUCUGGAUGGAUUGCUUUUGUUAUUUUUAGAAAAUUUCAACAUGCUGUUCUAUUGAACACACUUGAAUCCUACUAACCUGGUGGUACAACUGUGCAUAAGUGCUGGGCAUCCCUAUUUAGACCUUUAGAAUUGUCAUUUAACAUAGACUUCUACUGGAAGGUUUGCAAGAAUUUCUUUAUGUAUAUGAUAAAUGAACAAAAAUUGAUUUAAUUAAAGUAGUGCUGAAAUUAAAAAAGAUGAAUGUAGAUUACCAAAGUAAAUCUCUACAGUUGUGUAUGUGUGUUCCCUUUACUUUCCUGGAAUAUUUUUUUAUAUAAGUGGUGAGUUAUAUCUACAUUUCAUUGUUGACUGUAACAGGAGGUUAGUAGAUAUAAUGAAAUCUUAUUAAUUCUCCAGUGAUUCACAUCAAGGUAUGUCAUAUCAUAUAUGAAGAUUUAAAUUUAGCAUAGUAUAAACUAGAGGUUAUGUGUAACUAGUGUUUUGCCAAGUACAGUACACAGUAUUCAAUGCUGACAUUUAUAAUGUUUCAAAUCAAUAUCUUGUUCUCAGUGUAAACUUUUGUGGCAUAUAUUUAAACCAUAUCUGCCCUUCCUAUCUGUUGGUUUAUAUGUGUGCUUUUCUGUAGCAGCUGAUGUGAUUGUGCAAUUAGGGUUUUACUUGUGUACAUAAGGAUCUUUGUUGUGAGUGGAUGCCUUUGCAAAAGCGUGCUGGUUAGAUCCUAAUGGAUGAGUGUGAGAUUUCAUUUUCGUAUAUUGUUUAUGAAUUUGGGUUCCUUUGGACCAUAUUUUGCUAUUGUAGAUUUGAUUUUUAUAUAUACAAUAUAUACAUAUAUCUAUUUUGGUAAUCGAAAUGGCAUCUCUGCUACACCAAAUGGCCAUCCAUAUAGUAGCUUAAAUACUGUAUUUACAUUAUUAAUCAAUAUCCUCAGCAUAAGCUACCAGCAUCAUUUAUAGGCAUUAAAUUCUGUCAGGCACAGAAGAUUACUGUCGUCAUUCAUUAUGAUUUUUAAAUUGUGAUUGUAAAACUGAAAUUUUUUGUUGAGCAAUGGGGAAGCAUUUUUUUAUGCAAUAAUGAUAGUGAUAUACUAUGUACUUUCAUUUUUUUUCCAUAAAGAAUUUAAUUGUAAAAAUGUACCCUUUUAUUUUGUGCAAUACUAAUUAUUGUAUAAUUAGACAUUGAAUAAACCAUUUGUGAGUUGAUUCAUAGAGCAUUACAGUAUAAGUUGUGUGACAAGAAGAAUGAUUUAACAGGACGUUGAAAGAAUUUCUUUUUUUUUUUGGUAGAAGGAAUUUUUCAGUAGUAUAGAAUAAGAAAAAAAAUGUAAAUGGGCAUUUUUUCUGUUUGUGUAAUGGUGAUUUUAUGAAAAGAUUAAGAUUACAUUUUUUCUCUGUGUAAUGGUGACUUGAUAAAAAGAUUUAGAUUAAGUUGAAAAUUUAACUCUCAAUUUCCAAGGAGCUUUAAGUGUUUGCUCAUAUAAACUUGACUGAUUUAAGUUAGCCACAUCUAUUUCUGUAUCAUCAUGUUGCUAUUCAAAGUGCAAUCAAGUUCAGAGCAUACUAUGACUUGUGAGUAUAUAUUUUCUUUUAACUGUUUGGUGAAAAGGGUUUUCAUCAAUGCUUGGAACACCAACAUUCAUAUGAGCCAGUUGACUGAUCAUAUUCCUUAAUCUGAACAUAAUUCAUGGAUUAGAAACUUUUUCCUCUUUGGAUACUCCUUGAAAUCCAAAUAUGUUUAGAGUUCCACAAAAAUAAGGUAAAGGUACAGUGGCCCCCCCGCCUAUUCGCAGAUUUUUCUGUGGAGCAUAUAUCCACAUUCGUGGAAAUUAUUCACUAAUUAUUGUAUGUUUUCAUAUUUUCGUGACUCAAUACAUUUUUCAUGAUAAAACAUAAAAUACUGGAGCAUAAGCAUUUUAGAGGGCAUUUUUGGUGUUUGUACUAUCAAAAUAAGCAGUUAUAAACAUUUUUAGAGGGAUGUUAAGUAGUAUUUGUGGAUUUUAGCCAUGGGGGGUGGGGGGGUCGCUUGUGGUCCUUGUCCCCGCGAAUCCCAGUGAUCGACUGUAAAGUUUUUUGUACUUAGGUUAUGUAAGAUUUCCAUAAAUAAUCAAAAGCUUUUUUUAUUUAUAUUGGACACCGGCAAGUUUCAUGAGGCGAUUGUUAUUUUGUGUUGGACACUUACAACUCCAUAAGUAUUUUGUAUAUUGGGCUUGUACAAGUUUCAUAAAGUGAUGUUAGGUAAGUGGACAGAGCUAAAGGAAAAUAGGUCGUGAUUGUUUUUCAUUUGGUUCAGUUAGAUACUAUAAUACAAAAAUUAAGCAUCAUACUAAUCACACACAUGUACAGCAGCCAUAUAGAUGCCUGAUGAGUCAUGAGGAUGGCUGAUUGACAUACAUAAUGAGAGUGGAAAUUGUAGCAAGGUUAAGUUAGAGAAGCUAAAUAACCAAGUAAGAAAAGAUCAGAGGUGAAAGGAUGAAGGAAUACAGAUGGAGGAUUAAAGACGUGAGGCAAAAGACUUGAAAAGGCUGCUGAAGUUCAGUGCACAAGGCAUACCAAUGGAGGUACACCAGUAUGAGGGCAUCCCCAUCAAGAUACACGUGCGGUUAUGGGUGAACAUCUUAAUAAAAGAUGCACUCACUGCCUUCUAUACUGCUAACUUUUGCUCUACCUCUGUUGGACUAUACUAUACUCUCAUGUUAAUAUUACCAGUCUUGUGGGAUCUUAAUCCUUGUGAUGUUAUUGCUGUAAUCCACAGGUGGGCAACCAGUUGCUUGCGAGCAACCUCUUCAGGGGAAGUGAAUUUAAUGCUCAUUACCCCUGAUGCAGCACUUUAUAAUUAAACAUUUAUAAAUAAACUAUGAGGGUGCCGGUAGACAGAAAUGUUGAACACCUAAUUCGUCAACACAAAAUAUGACAUUAAUAUCAAAAUUCAUAUUAACCCUAGAAUUUUAGUGUUUGGCACUUUAAAGGUUUAGUCAUAAUAGAAUGGCAAUAUAAACUAGAUUAAUUAACUUCAAAAAUGAUUAUGAAAAAAGUGUUUGUUGCUCUCGUCUUGAAAAACAAACAAUAGGAUGCUCUUGAUGCUUAAAAAGUUGCUCACCUCUGCUCUAAGCCUUAGUCUCCUUUCCCCAGCAGUUGCAGUUAUGAUUUGGAUCAUAACCAGGUGAUGUCAGGUUUGACCAUAAGCUCUUUUUUUAAAUGGAAGCUUCCAUUAGCACCACAUGUUCCCACACACACUUGUGUACUAGUAUGUGUACCACACUCUCUAACUGCCUAAUAUCAGAGGUUUUUCAUUUCAUGUACUGUACAAGUGUGAUUCAGCCAUUUUGCCAGUGCUUCUAAGUUCAAGAGUUUAUGCUCUUUGAAAGAAGCUGUGUGCUACUUCAAAAGGGCUUUGUGCUUUCUAAGUUGGUGCUUUUAAGGCUUAUUCCAAGUGAAUGUUUGCUCAUUUUGAUCAGCAAUAUUAAUGAUAUUAGUAUUUGAAAUUAGCCUCAUUAUGAACUGUUCCUCUUUUUUUGUACAGUGUGGCCAAGUUGGUCAGUGAACAUCAAUAUCUUCUUACUUUUUCCUUCAGGUCUUAUUAGAAAAAAAUCAGCCCACACAUUAAUACAUAUGAGUGGAUGUAUAGAAGGGAGUGAUACUGAAAAUACAAGAUGAUGUUCUUAGAAGGAUGGAAAGGUGAUAAUCCUGAUCAUGUGUGAUUGGUUCAGGAUUUCUCAGUGCAGGUUCAUACGAUGAUUUGUCAGUGCAAGUUUAUAGUAUGAUUUGUCAAUUUAGGUUCAUAAGAUAUUUUAUUUUUAAAUCUGUAAUGUGAACUACUUGUCAUAUCCCUCAGAUUCAUUCCUUGAAGAGACAUGUUUCAGAUUUAGAUGUGGGUCCUUUUUGUUGAAAGUAAUGUUUUUAUAAUUGUUUUCUUUGUCACUAGUUUUUCAUUUUGCUUUGUAGUGCAAAGAAAGACUUAAAUUCAAAGAUAUGUGCUCUUUUAUGUGGUCUCUUAUAUACUAAUUUGUAAUGAUUAUGAUGCUAGUCAUUAGAUUUUAUAGUGUUUUAAACAGCUCCUGUAAUCACACUCAGUACUUCAUCUACCUGUUUGGUGACUUAUUUGUUGAAUAGAAACUUUUAUAAACCUAAUUUAUGAAUAAAUUUAUGUAUAAUGUAAAUGACUACUGAACUUUUUGAAAUAUGGAAUAUGGUUUAUACCAAAAUUAAUUUAUGAAUAAAUGCCGAUUGUUCAUGAUUGUUAACAACUAAAACUGCCAGGUUUAGUCAGUGAUGUAAGAUUUUCCAUGUGCAUUGAAGUAGAUUAAAUUCCAAAUAUUAUAUGUCAUUAUUGUAGUGCUAGAGCACUUGAUCACAGGUGUUGUUAUUUUUGUGCAGUUAGGGUUUUGAGUAUAGUAUAUAAAUACUUAAGCAAACACGAUUUUACAUGAUUAUGCACUCAUUGGCAUUCAUGACCUUUGGAUUAAUUUGAGUUAAUAAAUUAAUUGCAUGUGUUUAAAAAAGUUGUAUUAGUAGGUAUUGCAGGUACUGUUUUUAGCAAAGAUCUUAAAAUUAAUCAGACUUGGAUUUAAUUAGCUUGGCCAUGUAAUUCAACAAGGAAUUAAAAACUAGUUGUUGGAAAAGGUAGUGAUGAUGUGUUUCAGAAAUAGUGAUAAGGGAGUAGUCUCUCCAUCAUGGGGUCAGGUGAAAGGAUAAUUUAAAUCAUAAUAACUUGGUGCCAUUUGUUAAGUAUUUUUAUAUCACUGUUCUUUGGGCCAGCCCUGUUAGAGUCAAGAAACACAACUCAAUGGCCUGUUAAGUUACCUUACAGUUUAUCCAUGUUGCAUUGGUGCUCAUUUCUUUUGUUAAUAUUGAUAAGGUUGUAGUGUAUAAAACGCCUCUCUUUUGCUGUAUUUCUGUCGUGUGUGUGUGUCUAUGUACAUACACUUAAUAUGAUAAUUUUUAAGCAGUUACAUAAAGGUACUCUAUAAGCAUGGUGUAUUUUUAAUGCUAUGCUAUUAUUAUCCGUUAAGGCAUAAAUCUUAACUCUUUGUGCUCUGGACACCAUAUUGAACCCUAGUCUUGUUGGGCAUUAUGUGCUGAAUGAACAUUACCUCACCUCGAAGGGCAUUAAGGUACUUGCCAAUUAACGACUGGGUAUGUUCUUGAUAAUUCAUCAUAAGUUGAAAGUUUCUGUAGGUCUGGAAACUAUGUUUACUGUAUGUAUUGUGUCAUUAAUGCAAUAACAUUUGUUACUUUUACAAAAUGGCUUUGUCAUCUGUUAAUGUUUUAAUUACAUAAGUACAGUAUUAAUUCUUUUAUUUCUGCAUUGCUUUUCAUACUGUGUAUUCGAAAAAUUCAUUUUUGAGAAUUAUUUUAUAUUUUAAUGCUUAUAUCUAGGAAGUUUUGGUCUUAGGUGUAGAUGAAAAUUGAAUGUGGCCUUUUUUAUUUAAUAAAAUAUCACUAGAGAAAUAUUUAAUACAAGUGUUUGUAUAGCCACUAUCUAUGCAUAUAAAAGUUAUUUGCUGACACUAUCUUUAAGUAAGAGAUUCAUCAGUGAAUGUUAUAUUUGGCCCAAGGAAAUAUCUGUAUAAAAAACAUGCCCAGACAAAUGUUAUCGUGUCACAAAUAGGCUUCACUUAAUCGUGAUCAACCUUGUUUUGAAAUGGUUAGUUUUGUUUUUAGUACAGGUUUGAAAAAUUGGUUCCAUUUUGCUUCAUUACUUAUUUUUUAAAAGGUGCCAGUUUAGUAGUUACUAUUGUGAUAAUCUAUUUCAUUCAUCAUUCAUUUUGAUGUAAUUGUGACAUUUUUUUCUGAGUAGCAUUAAGUACAGCAAAUGUUUUGGGUCUUGUGAAUUAUCCAUCAUUAACUUUUUAUGAAAAAUUAAUUUGUUAAUAAAUGAUCUCAGCUGUGUAAUAACUGAUCUCAGAUAUUAAAGUUGCAAAUUGAGUUAAGUAACCUGAAUUUAUACACACUAACAUUGAAAAUUUAGCACUUAUUGGUUUAACAAUGUGAUGUUCAUUCUGAAAUUCUUGAAUAUUAUAACACAUUAGUAGGGUUGAACUAUAAAGAUAUUAUAUCCUAAGUAAGUUAAAGCAACCAUUGGCAGUGCAAGUGAUGUAUUAGGUGCUUAAAAUGGGGAGAGUGAAGAAUAUUCUUAUAGCUAACAUUGGCAUCUUUGAAUAAAAUGGGACUUCUGACCAAAGUGAUUUAGUCCAUUUAAUUGACAAGGCAGUAGAUUUUACAAAAUAUAAAAUUUAAAUUGUAAAAUGAAAAAGCAAAACCUGUUUGGUGAUGGACAGUGAUGUGCGCUCCCGUGGAUCAAAAUUCAUAAUUUUUUCAAAUGAAGCUUUAUUUGAUCGAUUGAUCUCUUGAAGGAGUGCAAAAAUUAAAAAUACUUUUCAUUAUUUUAAUAUUAAGUCAUUCAGUUUCAUCACUGUUUAUUUGUCUUGCCCCUAAGAUAAAAAUUCUCUACCUUUGGACUGUGAAGAAUUGUGCAACAAAUAACAGGUUGUGAAUGGCCCCUGAACAUCAUAGGCUUAUCAAAAUAGUCUCGACACAGAUUUCAUAUAUUUUUUGUAAAGUAAUGCCAAUACUUAUUUUUGGCUUUAAAUGAUUGAACUUGUGUUUUUUCUCUUAUGAAUUUUAUUAUUUAAUGACUGUAACUUUUCUUUUAUGAUCUUCUAAAAACAAAUGCUGCUACUUGCCAAAUUUUAGGGGAGGGGCAACCUGUCAUCCCCCUCUCCUGUACUUAAUGCCUCGGUUGUCGCGAGUUCGAAUCUCGGCCAUUCCAUUGAGAAGUGAGUGAUGUGUAUUUCUGGUGAUAGAAGUUCACUCUCGACGUGGUUCGGAAGUCACGUAAAGCCGUUGGUCCCGUUGCUGAAUAACCACUGGUUCCAUGCAACGUAAAAACACCAUACAAACAAGCAAACAAACUCAUACUCCAUUUGCGUUAAAUUAAAACAAAUGCCAAAUAACGUUAAAAUUACUGCUUCUUUUCACUAAGUUUUUAGUCCAGCAGUUUGGUACUACACAGUGAUAAUGGUAAUAGUACAUAAUGAUGAUAAUAAAAGUAUGCUGUAUGGCCACCCAUCAUGUGGACAAAGAAGCACAUUGCCCCUUUCUGAAAGCAGGAAUGACAAACUGACAAUCUGAUCUUUAGUGAGGAUGCGUAUAAGUCAGAAAUUGUAUUCACAUAUAUUAUUUGUUCAUAAAAUUUGCAUACGCUCCUUGACACAACACACAAUCGAACAUAAAAUGCAGUGGCUUGCACUAUGCAAUUCAUACUAGGGGUUCUAAAUCUUUAAGAGACUGUACAGUUUUACUUAAUAAAGCAAAUCAAUCAAUAACCUUUAGCAAAGACACCUGUUUUCAUAGCUAAAUUGAGUGCAGUCAGUGUAUCAUAUGGAACCACAGAAAUUUGUUGUUUUCCUUAAUUUGAGAAGUGUUAUUGAACCCCUUCAGAACUAUUCCAAAAGCUUCCCUUAUACAGCAAAAUAAAGUUUUCGUUCUACAUAUGACAAAAAGUAUGUAUUGGUGAAAAGGUAAAUAAAGAUGUUGAUUAUGCAGCCAGAGUUGUAGGUACAAUGACCAGAUCCAGUGUAACCGCUAUGGAUGUUUAAUGAGUAGCCAGCAUGCCCCUAGUCCCUUGCUGCAGUGAGCACAAGUUAACACUAACAAUUAUAUAGUACAGUACUAUAUUUUAUUUGAAUGCCCAGACUUCAACAAAAAGCAAAUCAGUUUUAGAAAUGAAUCAGUAAAUGGAACUUUAUCGAAACAUCCAUCAUUUUCAGUUUGUUUAAUUAUUAACUUUUAAGGAAUUGUAUGUUAUUAAAAAAAAUUUAAAUUCUAUUAACGACCAAUCCUUCGGGCCAGCCGUGUCAGAGUCGAGUAACUGUGGUCUGAUAAACCGGUAAAUAAUAAUAUAAUAAAUUUUGUGGUACGUACUCGCAAAAAAAAAAAAAACUUUCAUACUACUUGUGAUCUUGAGUUGAAUUUUUUUGAAAAUUAAAGAAAAUAUCCCAAAUACCUACAAUAGUUAUGUCAAGAAGGUAUUCCAUACAGUAGUUCGUUUAUUGCAAGCCAGUGUAAAAAUUUUCUGCAGAUGAAGUAAUUGAGCCAAGAGCAGGAAGGUACAGUUUAGUGAUUCAUAAAAGUAUGACAUUUUUAUUUACUGUCUUAUUUGGUAACGUAUAGAACCUUACCUGUCACUGUGUUGAGUUUGACCGAGUUGUUUGGAACCUCUCAUUGAGGGGUUUGGGGUUCAUCAUUCUUGUGAGCUUAUUGUAUAACAAAAAACCUCUUCAGUAGCCAUUUCUCAUUCAUGAUGUUUUAUGUCAGUUCUCAUUUAGACCAGGAUUCCCCCACAGAUUCAGAAUAAAUGUUAUACCCAACAUUCAUUCAUCGGGUGUGCUUUGUGUUAGCUAUAUCUCCUCAAAUUAAAAAUGAUUAUAGAUUAUGUAUUUAAUUUUGCAUUUAGUAUGUGCAAACUCUUAUAUACCCUCCGUUUACUCAUUUACUCCUUAACCAUUGAAGUUUAUGUGUACUGCCUUUAUUAGAAAUGCGAAUAUAGUUUUUAUACAAAAUUUUUGGUUGCUCAGAGUUUUAGGUGCCUCUUGAGACUUAAACAAUUGAGCAGACUUUGAUAAGAAAUGUUUGAAAUCAGGUGUAUAAGGAUUGUGAUUUUAUUGUUUUUUUUACAAUAACACAGUACCUCAGAUUUUGAAAUUUGCAUUAAAGUAAGAUUUUGUGACUUUUAAUAGAUAAACACUUUCAAUUGACAGUUUCCAGCAUUUGAGAGCUGAAAACUGUCUCACCAUAAUGAUGGAUAAUCUGUAGACCUUGCUCUUUAUGAAUUUCCUUAAGAUUGUGAAAAUGAAAAAGUUGAUAUACUGAGAUAUGAGUUGAAAACUUCUUUUUAUGUUGAAAGUAUUUUUAUAUCCAUAAAUUUACUAUAUUAUGAUGUGAGAUUUAAGUGAUAUUUUGUUGCCAUAUGUAGUUGUAGCUUAGUAGAAUAUGGUUUAUGAGAGGCAAAAUUGUUUCAUGUGUCUCAUAUUUUUCUGCAUGACCAUUACGUUGAGCAGGAUUGAAUUUACUGACAGUUGUAGUUAUAACAUAAAAACUGUGUUUAAUAAUGCAGUAGUCUUAUUUACUGCAUAUCAACUUAAAAAGUAGCCAUUGAUUUAUUAUUUGGUUUCAUUGUGAACCAAAAAUCAAAGCUGUAACUGUAGGUUCAUCAGAGUUAUACCCUUGACUAAAGAACUUAGUUUUAGGAUCACGAUAUUUCAGGGUAGAAUAAUCGAGUUAUGGGAAUCGUAGUAUUCAGUCAACAUUCCAGUAAAAAGGCUCAGUGUCCAUCCAUCAUUUUUGAGUAAUGAGAAACUAAUAGUACACUUUGAAAUCAUGGGCAUGUUACAAAAUGUAGAAUACAAGAUUUCUGCACAAUGCAGCUGGUACGGUUACCUUUAAAUCAUGUGUUGUUGCAAGAUUUUAUGCCAAAUAAAGUUAUUUUAUGCCAAAUAAAGUAAGUCGGCUUUCUCAUCACAUGACAAAAUCUCCUUCAUACUAGAACCAUGUUCAGUAAUAUUGAAGUAGAUUUUGUCAGAAUUUUUAACAUUCUAAAUGUUGAAGGACUUCCAGUAUAUUAAAUGAUAUCCAUUAUAUUCAUCUAGAAGUCUUUAAGCCAGCCCUAUGAUAGUAAGAAAGUUAAUUCAGUAGUCUGGUUAAGACAACUUAACCACAGUGCAGCUGGUACGGUUACCUUUAAAUCAUGUGUUGUUGCAAGAUUUUAUGCCAAAUAAAGUUAUUUUAUGCCAAAUAAAGUAAGUCGGCUUUCUCAUCACAUGACAAAAUCUCCUUCAUACUAGAACCAUGUUCAGUAAUAUUGAAGUAGAUUUUGUCAGAAUUUUUAACAUUCUAAAUGUUGAAGGACUUCCAGUAUAUUAAAUGAUAUCCAUUAUAUUCAUCUAGAAGUCUUUAAGCCAGCCCUAUGAUAGUAAGAAAGUUAAUUCAGUAGUCUGGUUAAGACAACUUGAUCACAGUUUUUCACACGUGAAUAUUUGCUGAAUAUUCCUUAUAACCAAAUUUGUAUUAGGUGUCAAGAAACAAGACAAACUUUACAGGCUCCUUAAGUCCUCCCUGAAGUGUGGUAGUACCUGAGCCCAAAUAUUGUGACCAAAAGCUUAUGGAUGUUACUCUGUAGAGUCUGCCUCAAUAAUGAUAUAGUAGUAGUGAGAUGAAAACUAAAGCUAAAAACCAAAUGGCUAAUAGAAGUCACUACAAUUUGUUUUCAGACUUCUAUAGCGUCUAAGGUACCGAAAUUUUCAGUAAAUAUGGUGACAUUGAAUUGGUUCACAAAUUGUAAAUAGAUUCCCCAGGCAAAGAUAUGAGAAUGAUUAAGAUUUGGAAAUGUACAACAUCCAAGAAAGAAAAACGAGGAAUUUGAUGGACAAAAUUUCUAUUAAAAUAUAAAAUAAUAAAUUGUGCCAAAAUGACUUCAGGUGUACUUACAAUAGAUCAGGUAGUCUAACAACUUGAUGGAAUUAUGGAACACAAGAAUGUACUAAAAGGAAUCAAAGUAUCUCUUGAUCUAAAGAAUUUUUAUUAAAUGUAAAUAGAGAACUAAAAUUGGAGAAAACGGUACAAGAGUAACUGCCGAAGAAGCAGUAUUAGGACUGGAAUAGGUUCUGGUGAUUAAGGAGAUGGGAGGAACCUUAACUCUGUAAAAAAAGAACUGCAGCUUGUUAGUUAGUGAUCUUGAAUCAGAGGGGUAUGAAUAGAGGAUGUAAACAUACAAAUGCUGCAGUUUGUUCAGUUGGGUUUUAUCUUAGCAAUGAUAAAGUUUCUAUUAGAAUAAUGUCAUAGUUUACACAUUCUUUGCCUUCUUGUUUGUGCAUUUAUAGACAUACAGAGCAAGUUUUUCAUUCUUUCAGUAAUGAGACGAUUUAAUAGGUACAUGAAAUUUAAUUAAAUUCUAUCAGCAGCUUUAGGAAACUCUUCAGUGCCUGCAGUUACAGUUUUAACUUAAAUCAGCUUCUGAUGAUUCCUUAUGUGUAAAUAGAAAUCUAUACUUCUUAAUAGUAUCUCUACAUGUUACCAAAGGUCUUCAAUUAUUUCAUUCAAAUGUCUUUCAGGUGAAUUUGGUUUAACAGCAUUUUAUUUGAGAACUGAAAUGAUAAAACUGAACGUUACAUUUUAUUUUAAAUAUAUAUACUUGUCUCUUAACAACGGCUAGAAUGAUUAUUGUAUCUGCUUGCCAGUGUAAGAUACGGAUUCCUAUACUGUAUUGUAAAUAGAAACAGGAUGUUAAUGUAAUUUGGACAUUCUUGUUAAAAUUAAUAAUAAAAAAAGAUUCAGUAA